AUGGAAAAGGAUUCACAAGUCCUUGACCCUAUAAAGGCGAUCCCACUUCGCCACAUACCACCUCAAAGAACCUCUUGGACGAACAAGAGAUGUCAAGCCCUCAAGCACCACCACCUUCUUGGGAUAGUCCUCCAAAAGUUAUCUCCCUUGAAGUCCAAGAAGAACCUUCUUCCCUACCUUGAAGCAGCCGACCUGGAGACGUCUAGCCAAGCCGCAUCUUACAGAGAAGAACACCUUCUAGCCACACCAGAAGAGGAGAUUGACCCUGAACUGAUCGAGUUCGUGAAGAGAGAUCAAUUCCAUGAUCUUUUCGGACAUGAACCGCUUUCUCCAAUCGAGUCAUGGAUCGAUUUUAGAGAAGCAUUCUUGAAGAGAUUUGCAAGGAGACCACCUUUCAAAUCCAAGUACAACCACUACUCUAUCAGCAUGAAGUGGAGCGUGAUGAAGAAGAAUGGGGAGGCAUACAACCCAUCCUGA